GCCAUCUUCCUGAUCUUUGUGUUCCAUCAUGCAUCAGGAUUUAGGGUGUCACUUCAGCCGUACAUAAGCCAAUCAAAUACCGAUGUUAGCAGAAUCUUCACCCCCUCUCUCUCUCUCGCCCGACACAUAUAACACAUCUAGUAGAAGAGUUCAGAGACAUUCUCUUCCUGUCCCCAACAUGUCAAACACAUCCUCCGAAAUAGGCGCCUGAUCAAAAGAAUCGACCUCACUCGCAAUGACGACGUGUCCGAGUCCCAGCACACCCAACCUCCCACAGUUGCCUGAGCCUCGGAACGGCUGUCGGAACGGCGGCUGUAACUUUCUCGCAAACCUGUCGCCGGAGACGCUCAUGAACAUUCUUGAGCAACUUCGUCCUUUUGGAUCUCUUACCACGUACGAAUCCAACGCCGGUAAGCCCGAGAUUCGCCCAGAUCACAGCGAAUCUCGGUUGGCUUUUGCAAAUCUCUGUCUUGUUUCAAAGUGGAUUCGUCCUUAUGCCAUUAGGCAUCUCUACCAUACCGUCCUUCUGAAAGAUCAAAAGGAGUUACUUUACUUCUUUCGCACUAUCGCCAACAAUCACGACCUCCGCUCUACUAUUCGCUCUGUUGCCUGGGCCGGCGUCUUGUCGACAGAUGAUGCCAACCUUGACUCAACGCACCGCCGCGACAAGGAGAUGGAUUGUUUGGCCCCGGAAUGUUGGGCCUCGAUUGACUGGCCUUCGAGUCCCAUCGACUUUGAUAUCGCCCGACUCAUGGGCAUCGACGGCCCUGAGACUUUGCAAAGCUGGAGAGUAUUGGGUGCUGUGUUGGCUAUGAUACCGAGGGUUAGGUCACUUUUUGUGCUCCUAGCUCAUAUGCCAAUUACACCACCCAGACUGCCGCCUUGUCCAGAAAAGGAUGCAAUUUGGGCAUUGAUAAGGCCACCAAAAUCAAAUUCCUAUCAAUUUCUUCAGGAGCUCAGAAAGAUAACGCUAGAACCUCACCACAAACGCGAGGACUUCGUGUUGGCUCACGGAAAAAUCCCUCAUGGCCCUCUUGGUGAACUCACCUUUGGUCUACCGCGUCGAACUGAAGGGCACGUUAUAUUUCAGAUCAAUGCAACAACACACUCAGAGAUUCUGGGAUUUUCAGAUUGUCUCGGAAAGCGUGAAGGAACUGCUACGUUUCUGCGCACGCCAUCCCCAGGAGGACAUGACAGCUCUAACGACAAUAUUUCCGAAACUGGUCUCCCUCGAAGCGGAAUAUCUCGAUGGUUCUCGACGAAAGUUUGAUGAUUUAGAUGCAACAGUGUCUGGAGCUCUCUUCAAUGUGUCUGGGACAUUAGAGAACCUUUCCUUGACAACUUCUCUCGGACAAUGUUGGGAUAAAGGUGAUGAGUUGCCUCAAUUAUCAAAUUUGAAGCAAAUGGCAGCACUGAAGCACCUGACGACGGAAUCUAUCUGGCUCUUUGGCAGAGGCGAUUCUUUUACCGCUCUUCGACUUCCGGAUAUCCUCCCGAGAUCCCUCGUCUGCUUUCGGCUUAUCGACUACUGGGGCAGUUCUGAUACUGAUCCUCGUCACCCUCCUCACCCUCCUCAGUUCCCCAAUACUUUGAGUCUUCUUGGGUU